CCCUUGGGGAUGCGUCUCCAUGAUAUAAAAAAACAGUCUAUUUCAUGGAGAGCCAUCCUUGCUGCAAGGGUAUUUUACAAGAAUUUAAGCAUAAAUGAAGUCAUUUGAAGAAGUAGUCGAGUGCGUUUGUAUAUCGUUUUCAUCAGCCCAGUGAUCAAAAUCCCUUUCAGGACCUCUAUCUGUUCCGAUUCCUCGUAAAGAGGCUAGUUAUAAUUCGGUAGUCCGCUCUUCACGCCAGCAAUUACAACCAAAUAUAAAUUUUCUCAUAUAAAGAUGUCGCUAGCAGUAAUUGAAAGUAGGUCAUUUCCUCGUUAUCAAGCCGUUUCCGAGUUAAAAAUGUCUGCCUUCAAAUACAAUUUCGCUGUAGUCUCAAGAAUCCCAGAUUCUUUCACAACUAGGUGUAAAGGAGAGAAUUUAGAUCUUACAGAAGCUAGAAAAAAACAUUAUGACCUCGUGGAAACCCUCAGAAAUAUGCAACUGGACGUACUAGAGCUUCCUCCAGAUGAGCGGCAUCCGGAAGGAGUUUUUGUUGAGGACAUCGCCGUUGUGAUUAAUGGAACUGCCCUUAUCUGUAACCCUGCAGAUUCAACUAGGCAAGGGGAGGUUGAUACCGUGAGACAGGUAUUAAGGAAAGAACUAAAACUGAAGAUAGUAGAGAUUGAAGAUCAGAAGGCUUAUGUCGAAGGCGGAGAUGUCUUAUUCACUGGCAAAGAGAUCUUUGUUGGAAUCUCCAAGUUCACAAAUGCAGGAGGAGCUCAGGCGGUCGCUAGGGCUUUCCCGGAAUACUCUACAUGUGCCAUAAAAGUAUUCGGUCCCAACCACCUCAAGGAUUACAUGAGCAUGGCAGGACCUGAUAUUAUUGCCAUUAGCAACAGUGACGAUGCACAAAAAACAUUUAAGGAUAUGCAGUUGCAAUCGUCUUUCGGCUAUGAUCUAAUCCACCUUGAAGAAGACAAGGCAGCCAAUGUCGUCUUUGCAAAUGGUCACAUGGUCCAUUUGCCGACGGAGGAGAUCCCAAAAAGCAUUGGGGUGUAUGAGAACAAAAUUAACUACGAUCGUAAAGUAGUUGCAUUUAAAGAGAUGUUGAAAGCAACCAAUCGGCUAUCAUCGUCUGUGUUGCUCGUCUCAAAGAUACGUCAUCCGAAAAAGAUCACAUCAACGCUGCAAUAAAUGAGAAUAAUGCAUUCUGGGAACAUUCGACGUAGUUCUAGACGGCUAGCUAUUGUAUAUAGCAGAACAUGGUAUGAUAACGGAGCAUCAGACUAUUCUACAAGACAGAAAAGGACAUACAUUUAAAAUGUACUGUGUAAUAAAUACAGCAAAUACUGUAAACCUAGACUAAUAGGCACAAGUUAUUUUUCCCGAAAAAUUCAAUUGUGCAAAAUUUCCUAGGAUUACAAUAUUUAUGGUUUAAAUUAAUGAAUUACUCAAAGAGGAUAACCAGUGUCUUUGCGUAAGUUCAGGUUUUGUGGAAUUACAAUGAGACGAGCCACUGCCAUAUAUAGACAUAUUAAAUCUAUUAAAAUAUAUUAUAUCAAAAAUCAAUGUACAUUUAGGCUAGCUAGUUAUAUAGUUAUUAAAAACUGAUUAUUUUACGCUUUGUCAAAAAUGAUCUUAGAAUUUAAAAUUCUUUAUGUAUGAUAACAGUCUUCGACUAUAUGCCUUCUUUUUGCAAAUGAAAUCAUGAAAUUAUGAAUGAUUUUGUCAGUAAAUUAAAUAUUUUGUGAAACCUGCAUAUCUGUCCUUGAAUUGGCUGAUAUUUUUGGGUUUAUUUAUCUCAUAUAAGAUAAACAUAGAAGUACUUAUCACUGUUAUUUCAUAAGGUGCUUUAUAAUUGUAUUAUGUUAACUUGUAAAAAUUAUAUAAUGUAUUAUAUUUUUACUUUUAUUUUAAAACUAAUGCAGGUUUUAGAGUGAUAUCGGUGUUAAGCAAGGGUGUGUAUUUAAAGCACUCCUAGAUCUUCAACAACUGGGGUAGUGUUAUGACUUGUUGUUGAAUCUCCUGUCGAGUAUAAAUGUAUUUUGAGAUCUUGUUACGAGGUUAUGCAUGCCAUGAUAUGUCAAAUCAUACAUAAAAGAGUUAUUUCUAGGUCUAAAUUCAUUUGCCAUAGGUUAUAUGCAUGCCUUGAUAUAUAAAUCAACUAUAAAAGAACAUUUUUAGGACUUAAUUCAUUUGCCAUGAGUUA